AUGGCAAGUGGUAAUGGUAGUAAUAGGAACCCACAAUCACAAAACACAUCAAGAAAGGUAAUGGUGGUGGCUGAUCCAACGCGUGAAUCAGCCGGAGCACUUCAAUAUGCACUUUGUCAUGCUGUAAUGGAACAAGAUGAAUUGAUUCUAUUGCAUGUUGUUGAGAAUCAAACUUCAUGGCGCAAUACUCUUUCGACGUUCCUUAAAAUGCCUUCGUUGGGAACAUCAUCGACUGCUUCGAUUGACAUUGGAGGAGGAGGAGGAGGAGGAGGAGGCAGUAGUAGUGGAGGUGGAAGUGGAGGUGGAGGAUCUUCCGUGGAGGGACAUGCCCCCGCGGUUGAUUUUCUUGAAGAAAUGAAAAAUGUGUGUAAGAUUUCUCAACCUAAAAUGAAAGUUCGCGUGAUGAAGGUUGAAACAGACAACGGAAAAGAUAGGGCUAAUACUAUUCUUUUACAUACCAUUAAUCAAGAGGUUGAUGUCGUAGUUAUAGGCCAGAAACGCACGCUUUCUUCUACAUUAUUAGGAUAUAAACGACCGGCGGGAGGAUCUUUGAAAGGAGCGAGAAUGUUAGACACGGCAGAGUAUUUGAUCCAUAACACACCGGGCACAUGCACUUGUGUUGCCGUUCAAAGAAAAGCACAAAAUGGAGGAUAUGUUCUCAAUACUAAAACUCAUAGAAACUUUUGGCUUUUGGCCUAA